CAACCAUGGACACUGUCAACGGUGGCGGCAAGAGUCGACCUGUCGUUCGAGGGGGCAGUGGAGGUAGGGUCAAGUUGCGGCCUGUGCCCGUGUCGUCGUUAUCAACCAACCGACCAAAGACCCCUCCAACCACCAAGUCAUCCACGGCAGCUUCAAUCCUGUUGGCAAAAGCACAAGCGACUGCCGCGGCCGACGACCGCCAACUCGGUGGGUACACCAAGUUGAAAAAGCUCGGUGUGGGGGGAUGCGGCACUGUGUGGCAAGUCGCGACCACUGAGACCGCCACCAGCCCAGAACGCGACCUGUUUGCCCUCAAGCAGAUUCCCAAAGGCGACGGCGCGGUGGUGUCGGGGGUGGUGGAAGCCCGCGUGGGUCUCAAGCUGUUUCCGACCGCGGCGGUCGUUCGCGACAAACUGCUGCAGGGCCUUCGCCAUCAUGACGUGGCAACGCCUCCAUUGGCCGCCACGGUGUCGCUCUCACAGCUCAACGCCACCAUCGUCGACGGCAAUAUCAAUAAGGAACAGACCAUCAUUCUGGACUACCGUCCUGACGAAAAUCCCCCACUCGCACCAUCACCACCCCCUUCCGCUCCUGUCAACAUCCCCAUGUACAUUGUUCCGCUUUUGGCUGUAGUGGAGACCAAGCAGGACCUGUGGCUGGUCUUUGAGCAAGGAGGGGAGACCCUCCACAACGCCCUCUUCGACAUACGCGGGGAAUUCCUCCAUGGCUCUCGGUCGUAUCGCAUCUGCCACCGCCCGUUGUACGAAGCCAUGCGGGACAACGUAUGUUUGCUCAAAUCCCUUCUACGACAGCUGCUGCUAGCUGUACAAACACUUGGAGCCCACCACAUUGUACACGCCGAUAUCAAACCAGACAACAUUCUAGUCCGCCACUCGUAUUCAACCCCCCCAACUUUACCCCCCCAUGACGACAACUACUCAAGCCGACCACCGUCAAGCCAUCAUAUCGACCCACAAGUCGGACGCGUUACGGUUCAACUGAUCGAUUUUGGCUCAGCCUUUACCUCGACGUCGCCACGGCUACCUAGUGCCCAUACCCCAGAGUAUGUCCCCCCAGAUAUUCUCGAGCUCCUACGCACCAAGCACCAAACAAACCACGUCAAGGCGUACUUGGACGCCCACAGCCGGCCCCAUUCGUUCGAUAUGUGGUCACUCGGGUGUGUGUUUCUCGAAAUCGCCUGCGGCGUCCCGCUGUGGCUGCCGUUCAAAGCCCGCGUGGACUCGAAAUAUAGAGACGACAAGAAGCCACUCGUCACGGGCGGCCUCCUCGCCGCCACCGGGCGCAACGCUGACAAAAUCGCCACCCGGCAGCUCCACGUCGUCGCGAAUCUUCGGAAAUGCAUCCGGGAAUGCGGCGGCAUGAACGUCGACAGUCGCCGGUGGGUCCAUGGCGUGGACCUCAUGCAGCGCAUGCUCGAGAUCGACCCUGCCCAGCGCAUUUCGCCCACGCAAGCGUUGGCCCAUCCGUUCUUGGCGAGUGGUACCGUCGUGUCGCCACCACCACACGGGCUGACCACAGGACAAGGACAAAACGCUCCUCAUCCUGUCAACACUGACGUGGCCACGUUUUCGUUGCGAUGA